UCCCGAGAUGAAGAGGUGGGUGGAGUGGGGGGUGGACGAGACAGGACAGAGUGCGAGCCGAUUGCAGACUGCGAAGCAGAGCCGGCGAGAGAGGGAGGGAGCGGGGCCACAACAUCUGAAAGUUUUAAACCUGUGAUCGCUUCAGGUGAUGCAAAGCAAGCCUGGAGUUCCUUCCAGCAUGUAGAGGGAAAGCCAAGUCGGCAUCAUGGAUCGGUACAGUCUGGGACAGAUUUAACUGUUGCGGUGGGGCGUUCGGCUUCAUUCUUAUGUGGAAAACGUUGCAGUAAAAGGAAGCAAUGAAAGUUGUGGAAGAAUAUACAUAGAAACCCAAGAUUGAAAUGCAUUUGGCAUUGAGCUGCAGCUUGGGAAGAUACUUAAAGGACUGAGAGGCAAAAGGAACUCAUCAAGUACCAACCCGGGAAAAAGGUAAUAAUUUGUUGAAGUUUUUGACAUUUUCAAAAACAGAGGCAUAUUUUAGGACAUGGAUUUAUUCUAAUAGACAGAAACUACACUGAUGAAUUAGAUGUAAAACCAGUGGAUGACGGAAGAAUUUCCUGCGUGGGAAAGCGAGGACCUCUGUGAUCGUCUUGCUGUGGAAGUUCUGCUCAUGAUGGGAUUAUUCCAGCUCCGUAGUUUACUGCAGCGGCCCUGCUGACUUUGCACCUUAAAUCUUUCAAUCUUGUCAUUUCAAAGACUUGUCACUCCGCUCACAGGACGAUGCAUGUUGUGCACCGGCCCUGAGCGGCCCCAGCAGACCCUGCACCUUCGCCUGCGGGACCCAGUGACCAUGCUGACCGAGCGUCUGACAGCAGAGAGAUCAGAGCCACCGCCCACGCUCAGGCCCGCCACGGCAUCAACAGCAACAUGUUUCACCUGUUCAAUAACAGUUCAGAUGCAGACAAGGAGCCUGAGGCUCAGCUGAGAUGGGCCGCCCUACUCAUCGUCAUGGUGAUUAUCCCCACCAUAGGAGGAAACAUUCUGGUUAUUCUGGCCGUGUCGCUGGAGAGAAAGCUGCAAAAUGCCACCAACUACUUCCUGAUGUCGCUUGCGGUCGCCGACCUGCUGGUGGGACUUCUGGUGAUGCCCAUUGCACUUGUCACUAUUCUCUAUAACUCUAGGUGGCCUCUUCCAGAUUUUCUCUGCCCAAUCUGGCUCUUCCUUGAUGUGCUCUUCUCUACAGCGUCCAUUAUGCACCUCUGUGCCAUCUCACUGGAUCGCUACAUCGCCAUCAAGAAGCCGAUUCAACACAGCCAAUACAAAUCCAGAGCCAAAGCCCUGGCCAAGAUCGCACUCGUUUGGCUCAUAUCCAUUUGUAUUGCAGUCCCAAUCCCGAUAAAAGGGCUGAAGAAUAUUCACGACAAGAAUAUCACCUUCAACAGUAAUCACACAUGCCUGCUGAAACCAAACACUUUCUCAGAGUUCAUCAUCUUUGGCUCCCUGACAGCAUUCUUCAUCCCUUUGACAAUCAUGAUGAUCAUCUACCUUCUCACCGUGCAAGUGUUGCGGAAAAAGGUUUAUUUGCUGCGGUCAAAGGUGACCCAGCGCUUCAGCUCCUCACCGAUCUCCACAGUUUUCCAAAGCGACCCGGCCUUAGCUUCUCCUCAAGCUGAGCAAAUGAACAUGUUGGAUAUCAGACUUCCCAGGCAUCCAGAAAAACCAAAUGCGGAGAUGAUGACCGCUCCCACAGAGAAAGAAAUAUCCUUCCGCAGAAUGUCGACGAUGGGCAAGAAGUCAAUGCAGACUCUGAGCAACGAGCAGCGGGCCUCCAAAGUGUUGGGCAUAGUCUUCCUCCUGUUUGUCGUCAUGUGGUGCCCAUUCUUCAUCACAAACAUCACUUCUGCUCUGUGCUCCAGCUGCGUUGAGAAGGUUAUUUCCCGCCUGAUGGAAAUCUUUGUCUGGGUUGGUUACGUGUCAUCAGGGAUAAAUCCUCUGGUCUAUACACUUUUCAAUAAAACCUUCAGGGAAGCUUUCACACGCUACAUCACCUGCAACUACAAAAACUACCCUAGAGAUAGGCUGGGACGGCAGCUUGGCUCGACUGCUGCAGACUGGAACCUUACAAGCAUUUCGUUUAAAUCUUCCAUGGCAGAGAACUCAAAACUGUUCAUGAAGCGGGGAAUGAAGAACGGCAUUGGACGAGUGAGCUACCAAAGUCCACUAAGGUGCCAGCAGGCUGUGCAGUCACCAGGCGGUGUUCUGCUAAACACAAUUCUUUUGACUGAAAAUGAAGAUUUUAAGCAGGAAGAACAUGUGAGCUGUGUAUGAACAGAUACAAAGAUGAUGUGGUUUGGUUUGGUGCAUAUUCAUAUUCAAAGGCAAACUCUUACCCUACAUAUAAAAAUGAAAAACUAAGAUUUUAAUCAUUUUCUUGCAAAAGUUUUACAAUCCCUUUAAUAUUUGUCAUAGAGUAGUGCAUAAUUAUGAAAUGAAAGGAAAAAGUUUUACAAAAAGUUUUACAAAUUAAGAUAUGAAAAAGGUCAGGACAUUGACGAGGGCAUCCUAACAAACAUAAUUUGAUCUAAACCUCAAUCUAUAUGUUCAGAAAUUGUUAAGUUCCUCAGGUUUAUUCUGUAAUUAGCAUCAUCUAUUUUCAAAUCCACAUUCCUAUUCCCUAAAGCACCACUACCAUGUUUGACCUUGAGGAUGGUGUGUUUGGGGUGACGUACUGGCAUGAAAAGUCAACAUUCGUCUCAUUUGACCAUAGCGCCUUCUUGCCCAUGGUUGUGUUCCGCCCCCUACAGGCAAUUUGUUGCAAUUGAUUUCAUUUAGGAGUAUCAUUUCUUUCAAUUUUACAAUAAUCAAAGUAAUCUUUAUCAUAUAUUAAAAAUCCUCAAUACAGUGCAUUAAAUUUUGACAAAAACAAUCUGAAGGCUUUGAAAACUUUUGCAAGUCAGUAUUUCUUGUUGCAUCAUUUUUUGCAGUGGGCCUUUAAACACAGGUUAUUUUUUAUCAUGUAAUUUGUUGAUAUACUUGAAGAGAAAGCUUCAGAUUUCAGACAAUAUUCAGAAAAGAGUUGGAAAAAAAAGCUGCAGCUAUUCCACUAAAUGGGCAGAAUGUACUGAAUAGGAACCUAUUUAGGCCAAAAGAUGUGACUGAAUUCUGUAUAUAACAAUAUAUUCCUCGGCUGAUCCUUACAUUUGGACUGUCUAAAUAUGCUGUAAAACCCUCUCAGACCAAAUGCUUACAUUUUAAAACAAUAUGAAUCUCUUCUGUAAAGGGCAAAUUCUUUGAAUUCUUGAUACUUUUUAAAUUUGAGAAUGAUUGGGAAGUCGUCCUGUAUGUAUAUUGCAGCCUGCUGGUAUGAAAUGUAAAAAAUGGUUUUGGAAUGGCAGUCUGUACAUAUGAAUGAACAAAGAGAUAAAAUGGAUUCUGAAUGUUCUUUAAUAAAAAAAUUUA